AUGGCGAGAACGGGCAGAGUGCAACAUCGCCGUGGAGGGUUCAGGUCGAAGGCCCGGAAGUUGAUGGCCGUUUGUUUGGGUGGAGCUCUGUUGUUUUCGGGUAUCGAAGCUGUUGCCGGCGAGCCGGUUGAGGAUCUUCUGCGUCGGAAUUUGUCUUCAGGGGCCAGCGGUACCCAAGGGGGUUCAGGCUCCGAAGGAAAUGUUGCAACAUGUCCUCAGAGUUCAUCUACCCUAGAAGAAGCGACCCUGACACUCUCAAAACGUUCCCUCACCGCUACACUUGUAUGUCAGGGUGAAAGCCCCACAUUCGUGCCUACCGAAUUGUCAAGCGUCUGCGACGGACAGGCGACCAGCGCAAGCGGAAACCCCCAGCCAGGUUCGUGUACAAUUGGGACGCAGCCAGCAGGCAAGAAGGUCACACUCCAAGAGUUCCUUGGUGCAUCUCACGAAGUCAGCUGGAUAGAGAGCGCCAUCCAGGAAGAACCUACAACGGGCAAAGAGCGGACACUCCAGCUGGCAGAAACAGAUCUCCCUCGAACCGACAAAAAAUUCGCCGUCGGCUGUCAAAAAACACCGUCAGGAGGCAAUUCCGCAUGCAAAGUGACGGUGACUGUAAAUGCAAGGCCAUCGUCUGUCGACGACAAAAAUGUUGUCACCUGUGCGUACGGCAAAGACAGCAACCCGAAGGUCGUAGAAGUCGAAAUGUCGGAAGAAAAAAACACUCUCACCAUUGAUUGUGGCAGCGACGGAUCGAUGCAGCCUGCAGCAUACACAUCUCAGUACUGCUUCCCCGAGGGAGAUACGUUGGAAGAGUGCUCCAAGGCGAACUACUCUGAUAUUCUUCCCACUUUUGAAACCAGCUGGUGGACCGAAGCAGAAAACGACGGUACCCCGGCUGUGCUGACGAUCCCGAAGACCGACUUCCCAGGUGAAGACCAGCGCCUCCUUCUAGGCUGUGCUCCUAAAUCAACAGCUGCGGGAACGCCAGGCAAGGCAUCCGGCCCGUCCGGUUCCGCGACAACCGCAACAUCCUGUCGGGUUGUUGUUACUGUCAAGGCGGCGAGCUCGGCCUCGUCUGCAUCAUUCACCCCGCAAACUGUAGCUGCGACCGCUGGAGCAACUGUUCUACCAGCGUUGUUGGCUGGUUCGAUGUGA